UUUGACUUUGAACGACGUCGUACUUAUGAGUCGUGAAACUCAUUCCGCGGCGCAUGUAGUAACAGACAUACAAAAUCUUCCAAAACAGUCUCACUCACCGCUCAACUGCAACACAGGGUCCCUCCUUUUUCAGUUUUCUUCAACAAAAACCCAGUAAUCAGACCCUCUUUUCGAGAUGGACCUUGGGUGAAAUAGACAGUGGGAGUCUUGUUUGAUUGAAAUGGAAGAUAAUCAUGAGAGGAAAGUCUCCCCAGCAGCUGGGGAAGCCGAGGAGGGGUUUGCAACAGCAGCAGUAGCUGAGAGUGCUGCCGAUUCUGUUGAUCAGAUAGAUCCCGUCACCCCAAGCGAUGGACCUGUAUUAGAUUCUUUCCAAAGUUUACCAAAAGACGUGAUGCCAGGGGUAAUGGAGGAUACAUUUGUUGAUUGUCCAGAUGAAAUAGAAACUUUUGACUCCCAACAGAAUUCUGAGGAGAAUGAUAAUCUACAAGAUGAUAAAGCUGAUGAACCAGAUAGUGGUAUCAAAGUACCUGAAAUGAUAGCUGAGAUAGAACUGCUGCGAGAUAAGCUUGACCUUUUCAUGCCUCUUUUUUUUUCCUUCUUGGGAUGCAACAACUGUGGGAUCUGGUGCCUCAUUGCCUGAGAUUAUAAAUGAGUGCUCUGGAUUGCUUAAAAUUGCUACCAAUGAACGUCAGCAGACUGAGAAGAAAGUGAGUGAACUCCAUUCUGUAUUAUUUUCAAAAGACCAGGAAAUUGAUUUUCUCAAUGCAAAGGUUGCUGACCUAACUGAAUCAAGCGACUUAGCUACAUCUGCUGCUGUUACGGAGUAAAGACUACCCACACAAAGAAGCACGAGAUGUGCUGAAUAUACUGGAAUAAAGGAAAAGGAACGGAGAUUAUUAUUGCUGGAAAUAUGGAAGAACUAGAAAACAAUCCUCGAUAGGAGGCCCUACGACAAAAGUCGUCCAAUUGUGAUCACGUCCAGAGAUGCAUUCUCUCUGCCCGUUCUCUCUAUUUAUAGACUUCUAUCUCAGCUACUUGAAA